GACCGUCCACCGUUUCGCGUUAUUGGUUGCUACUGCUUGUUUGCAUUGAUACCCAUUUGCUUGUUUAUUCUUUUACUUUCUGGGAACGGCUAUUCUACGAUUCGACUGGAAGGAGCACGGUGAAAAUGGCAGAAGGCGAGCCAUCAUACAUAGACUACGAAGUCUUCCUAGACCCAGGAUUCUCACCGGCCUCCUUUGCCAACUCCCUGGUCGUAGCUACCAACAAUGCCACGGACAGUCCACUGGAUCUCUCAACCCCGUUGUCGCGAGUUCUCUUCGACCUUCAGGAGAUCGACACGCACAUUCACACACUGACCAGCAAGUCCGCUUUGCCGCUCUUGUCACAUACGCGGGACCAAACAGCGGCCGCUGGGAAGAUCCUCCAGCAAUCGGAAGAGCAAAUCGCUGCAGUGACGCAGGGGUAUGAGCGAUUGGAACGGGAGGUGCUGCGCAAGUGGGAGACGGCUGACGAGGCACGGUUAGCGGCGGAAAAAUCAUUGGCAACGGUGCAGUUAGCAAGAGCGGUUGGACGGUGCUUGAACCUGGGGAGGCAGCUGGAGAGUCAAUUGGCGGAGAUGAAUGGACGUGGCGGCGCUACUGCUACGACUACUAGUGGUGAGGCCCCGGGGCGGGAAGACUUUCGCGCUUUGGAACGCGCGGCGUACACAAUUCUAAACCUACGACGAAUGUUUCUGGCCACAGCAGAGGGGGAAGAGGGUCAUGGGCUGGACCGGGUGAAGGUCGUGCGCACAUUGCGGAGUGAUCUGCUGAACCCGGCGGAGAGUUUGGUUAAAUCCCGCGCACAGCAGGCUAUCAAUCGAUUCUCCAUGUCGUCUAUCUCGACAGGAUCGCAAGCGCCGUCAGGAUAUAAGCAGGCACGGGAUACGCGAGCGCGCUUGACGUCCGCCGUUACGACUCUGUAUGUACUGUCUCCCAUGCCGAAGACUAUGAUUCCGGCGACCGAGUAUCGACCGGAAUUGCUCCAAUCGACACUCCAUGGCUACAUGCAUACGGCCAUCGGGACCUCCUUGACAGCACUGUCCCGGGCCUUUACCAUGCUCCCUACUCUGGAGCGCACGCUCUCGGAUCUUUCUGCGCGCUGUCAGGACAUCGUAGCACUCGAAUACAUUCUUGGCAAUACCAAACUACCGUCUCAUCCAAUGCUGCUAUUUGGCUUGGAGGGAGAGACGAUAGAGACCCAAGCGCCCAGGAAAAACACCAACCUCCUGCAGCUGGUGCUAACCUCGUUGGACACGCCAUCACUGCCAUCGUACUUUUGGCGGUCGCUGGCCUCGUCGCUGGCGGGGCGGGUGCAAGAAAUACUGCAACGCGGGGGCGUCUCGGCGCGGGCGCUGCGGUCGAACCGUGAGCGACUGCGGGGCGAUAUCAAGGAUUGUGUGCUGCGGGGAUCACAGCCUCCAACAGCAUCAGGCAUGGUGGAUAAGGGACGAGGGGAGGAGGGGUUGACAGUUGGGAAUUGGGAACGGGAGGCGGCGGUGAUGGUCAGUUCGGUGGCGGGAGCAUUAUAACUGUUAUUCUGGGCAUCCUAGGAUCAGGUACUACAGCCUCAUCGUUAUCUACUACAAGACGUGAUACAUGUAUGUACUCGAAACGGCUAUUGCCGGGACUAUUCACAGGUACAGAGUACUUGUAAGCUACGCUGUAUGGCAGUCCAUAUAGAGUAGGAGAAGGCAAAUCCCCCUCCGCCACUUGGGGAAAUGGUUGACGAUUAGAGUCAUCGAAGACGUCAGCAUCCGGAG